CGUAAGUAGUCCUUGCUUCGCUUGCACAGCUGUCAUGUAUGUAACCAGAGAGUCAGUUUUAGGUAGGUGUUGUGGGGAGGGUCCAGGGUGAAAGUGGAGGAGAAAGGAGGGCAAACGAGCGAUUGUUUUAAAGUUUGACUGUGUGCCGUUUGCAGCAGUUUAACGAUGAAACUUUGAGAGCAGGAUCUGUGCAUUAAUGCAUUAAACGACAAAAGCCUAACUGGAUGAGAAAAGCGCCAGAAAUGCUUCCAGCAUCACAAUGGCCCUUAAUGCAUCCUUCACUUUUUUCCGAACACUUGGAAAAUUGACUACAAUGGAUAUUUCAUCAGGAAACUGCUGUUAAUUUAAAUGACCUGCUGCCUAAACAACCCAAGGACGUGCGUAAUGGAAUUCUUCUUUAGGAAGAAGAAAAACAUAAGGACUGCGGUCAGCUUGACUUUGGCGUUUGCAACUUUGCUGAUGCUUCAGAAAUUAAUAACGGUGGAUACGAACGUCAAAGAGACAAAAGUCGAGCUAAAAAACAAAAGAUGUGGAACCAAAUGUUCGUCUUUAAACGAUAACACAAUAACCACACUUGGAAACGCUUCCCAAUUACGCGGAGAUGGUUUGGAGCUCACAGGAAAACCAAUGCCAACAACAUGGGACGUGAACACUAUAAACUGCACAGAAAAAUCCAUACUGAGAACCCAGGGUUGGUUUCGCGGUUUAAACCCAAGAUUUCAUCAAUUUGUCCUCCACAGACAUUGCAGAUAUUUCCCCAUGCUGUUAAAUCAUCCGGAGAAGUGUAGCAAUGAUGUGGACCUUCUGGUUGUCGUGAAGUCAGUCAUUGAAGAACACGACCGACGAGAGGCCGUGCGCAAAACCUGGGGUAAAGAACAGGUGGUCCGGGGCAUGAAGAUCAAAACUUUAUUUCUUCUAGGUACACCAGCGACUGGCAAAGACGCACGAAAUUUACAAGCACUGGUUAAAUACGAAGACCAAACUUAUGGCGACAUACUGCAGUGGGACUUCAUGGACACCUUUUUCAAUCUUACUCUCAAAGAGGUUAACUUUCUGAGGUGGUUCAACAUCUACUGCACUAAAGUGCCAUUCAUCUUUAAAGGAGACGAUGAUGUGUUUGUCAACAUCCAAAACCUGGUGGAACUAAUUGGUUUUAGAAUAGAAGAAAACAGGGUGAAGAACCUAAUCGUUGGAGACACCAUUUUAAAAGCCAAACCCAUCAGGAACCGUCAGAGUAAAUAUUUUAUUCCCAAAGAGCUGUAUGAUAAACCCUAUCCACCUUAUUUAGGUGGGGGAGGAUUUCUCAUGUCCUCCCAAGUGGCGCGCAGGCUGUUCGUGGUCUGCGAGAACGUGGAGCUUUAUCCCAUAGAUGAUGUGUUUUUGGGCAUGUGUCUUCAGAGGUUGAACAUUACACCUGAGCUUCAUCAUGCUUUUAGGACAUUCGGGAUAAUAAAGCGUAAAGUGACCCCUUUGAACAGAGAGCCCUGCUUCUUCAAGAACCUCAUCGUGGUCCAUAAACUAGGUCCACGGGAGCUUUUAAGUAUGUGGAGCCUUGUACAAAAUAAGGACCUUACCUGUGCCAGAAAAACUGUGUUCUGAAAGUUGCUAUGUCAUUCAAAACGGUAAAUAUUUAUAAAUGAAAAGAUCACUCUUUUUACUACAAAGCAUGUUUGGAGAUGCAUUCUUUAUUUACUAUUGAGAAUAAUGCCAACUGUAUUGUUAUCAAUUACCAGAGCCAAUAAAUCCCAUGUUGUGUAUCUCUUUUGUGGCACUGUUCUCUAUAGAAAAUGGUCUAUAACAAUUGAACGUGUACACAAACACCAAAACAAAACAAAUUACUACAGAAUUUUGUGAAAGACCUUUGGAUGAUCUCCGAAUAUUGAAAAAGAUGUUGAAUUGAAAUAAUUUGCCAUAACUUGGUAUUAUUAAAAUAAUAAUAACCGUACAGGUUAACACUGUAAAAAUAGCUGUAAUUAUGCAGCUGGUUGCCAGUAACUUACUGUAGAAGAUAAAGACUGAAAAUGUUUCAUGUUCAUUUAACUUUGAACAAACUGUUGACAGUAAAUAACAUAAAUGGAAAAUCUACAGUAAGUUACUGGCAACUUGUUUCUACAGAGAUUUGUUUACAGUGUAUCUAAUACCCUGUAUCUCUUAAAAAGUGUUACCUUUAUAUUUCUGCAUCUGUAAAGAACAGGUUUUGUGCUGUUCUUUAUCAAAUAUACUUCAUAAAAAGAUGUCUGAAGCAAUAAAGACCGAAAACAAUAAUGUGACAACUUUACUCAAUAAUAUUU